UAGAAUAGGCGGUGCUCGCGCUUGCAAAACUCUCCAGCGGCCUGAAUCUAUUCGCGAAUGCCGACUGGCGUAAGUCGCCUCUGUAACCUUCUCUCUCUCUCUCUCUCUCUCGCUCCCGAAAUAAGAGAUCAGUCGCCCUCGGUUGAUCGAGUGAAAUGCACUCGUGGAUCCCGGAACUUGACGAUCGUCCAGGAACCUAACCUCUAAUCGAGCGCAGCAUUAUAAUCCUCGUCGAGGCAGGACCGAUUGAAAUAGUGCGACCCAACGAUAAGAUUUGAUAUAAUCCGACCACGAGAAGGAGCGAGAGAGAAGAGAGGGUAAAGCAGAAAGGAUAGACGACACGGAUAGAUCAUCAUCGCCGCCCCCCGCUGGCGCACACAGCACACACUCGGCGCCCGCAUACAGGUACACUUGGCACACAGAGGGACUGAGGGAGAGAGAGAGAUAGAGAGAGAGCGAGAGAAAGAGACAGUGAUAGCCUGCAGCCACAUAUACACACGCCCACCGACGCAUCGAGGCCAGGGACUUUUGACAAGAUAGAGCCGCUCCGCUGCCGAUGGCAGAGGUGCCAUCAGUGCCGUGCGGCCAUAUUGGCAACUUGUGACUUCUCGUCCUCCGCAGCCGUCGUCUAGGUGCACCAAAGUCUGACCGUCCCUCCGCGCCGACAGAUCGACGUAUGCAUACCAAGUGAGAGGCGGUUCUUCUCAGCAAUUAUCGCGCCAAUUAUGUCGUGGACGCUCGGCGUGAGGACCUAACGCGCAGUCCCUAGCUCGUGCAGACUUUGGACGGUAUAAGAGUCGUCGGCUUUCUACUCAGCGCUUUACAACAAUGAGCUUCUUCGGCUUUGGACAAUCUGCGGAUAUUGAGAUCACACUCGAUGGAGCAGAGACCAGGAAGACAGCAGACAUCAAGUCUGAGGAUGGCAAGAAGGAGAGACACUUGUUGUAUCUGGAUGGAGAGACUGUCUCCGGCAAGAUAAACAUCAGCCUAAGAAAGGCUGGAAAAUUGGAGCAUCAAGGUGUCAAAGUAGAGUUCAUAGGACAAAUAGAGCUCUACUAUGACAGGGGCAACCACCAUGAGUUCACAAGUCUGGUCAAAGAACUUGCAAGGCCAGGCGAGCUCACGCACAACACAACAUAUGAGUUUGAGUUUGCCAAUGUAGAGAAGCCCUUUGAGAGUUACACAGGCUCCAAUGUGCGACUGCGAUACUUCCUUAGAGUGACAAUCGUUAGAAGACUAAGCGAUAUUGUUAAAGAGCUAGAGCUUGUUGUACAUACCCUUAGUUCCUACCCAGACAUGAACAAUCCCAUCAAGAUGGAAGUCGGCAUUGAAGACUGCCUACAUAUCGAAUUCGAGUAUAACAAAAGCAAAUACCACUUAAAGGACGUGAUUGUCGGUAAAAUUUACUUCCUGCUGGUUAGAAUCAAGAUCAAACACAUGGAAAUCGCAAUUAUCAAACGAGAAACAACCGGCUCUGGACCCCACACGUUCACGGAAAACGAGACAAUAGCCAAGUACGAGAUAAUGGACGGGGCGCCAGUUAAGGGGGAAUCCAUUCCAAUCAGAGUGUUUUUAGCUGGCUACGAUCUCGCGCCGACUAUGCGCGACAUCAACAAGAAAUUCAGCGUGAGGUAUUACCUCAAUCUCGUUCUUAUGGACGAAGAGGACCGACGAUACUUCAAACAACAGGAGAUAACGCUCUGGCGGAAGGGCGAAAAGAGCCGGAAGUCUCAGUCAGCUUCUCCGCACCUGCCAUCGCACCUUGUCUCCGCGGAGACGGGCUUCCCCCAGGGUGCAGCCCACAAUGGGCCCUCUUCGGUCCGCGACAAUCCGCGGCCUCAGCAGCAGCCGGACGACGAAGAGGAAGCCGGUAGCCCGUCGGGCGAUGCGUCCGAGGAGCCCCAGCAGCAACAGUCACAGCAGCCGAGUGGUCCCAUCGAAGGGAUGACUCGCGAGGAAGGAGACGGAGAGGGCGAUAAGGAUCUCAGCCCAGAGAGUCAGUGAUCGGUCAGCAGCGAGGAGGAGGACAGCGAGGAGCCCAGCAGCGACAGCAGCGAGCAGCUUCGAGACUUCGAAAUGCAGGCCUGUCGACCUGCUGCGUCCUCGACUUCAUACGUAAACCAAGUGUGAAUUAUACUGUGUAUAAGCGCGUAGACCCAGGCUAAGAAUGGAAAUUUUGAGGUUAAGGGGCUGCAAGGGUGGAUCUAUUUUGUUUUUCCUUUUCUUUUUUUGUUGCAGUUUGACGAUAUUCUGUUAUGUUUUUGUUAGCGUGUGCGAUUGGAAGUAUCAAAGCGAGCGGGAGAGAUCAUGAAAUCAACGAACGGUUAUAAAUUUUUUUUGUAGGAUUUUUCGAGACGAUAUUUGUAAUGUAUGUGAUUAGGCGAGCUGUUGUAACGCAGCCAGUGCAAUUCAAAUGAAUCAUGCGUGACUCAAAGUUUCUAUCAGUAGCAUAUGCGAGUCUGCUUAUGGCUGAUGAUAUGUGGUUUAUUGCGAUUACAUGCACACAAAAAUUUAGUUUCGGGGAUUCGUUAGGUGGAAUGUCACGGACAGUUUAUGUAUGUACUACCGAUUUUUAGUCAUUUUUAUACGAUUUUUUCAAUGUUACAUCCAAAAAUUACACCGAUCCCAAUGCGAUAUUUUUGUGUGCGCUUAAACCAUAUUACAUAUUACUAUAUAUGUAUAAUUCAUAUGAAAUUUAUGUAUAUGAUCAUUUCUGAUAUCAUAUUAGAGAACACGAUCUUUGACAUCGUGUAGUAAAUAGUGGGAGCUUCUUUUAUAAAAAGAAACAAUAUGGAGUUAUAAGCAUGGAUAAGAGUUGUAAAUAUUUCGAUCGCGCAUACGAAAAAUUGAAGAGCUUGAACUCGAUGGCUCUUCAGUUGUUGUAUCUUUCCAUCGUCAACUUGAUCAAUCUUGAUGAUGUAGAGUUAACAAUGAAGAAAUCCGAAAAUCAUUACUGGGCACUUGGCUUUUUUGAACCAGACGAAAUGACUGUCCUUAGAACAAAUUAUUGCGGACAUACAGAGAAGCGUCAGUACCUCAUAGUGAUUCUGAAAUGUCAAAUGUGAGCGAGUGAAGUUACGAAAUACGUCCGCUGGAAUAACGAAACUCGAUAAAUCCGAUUUUUCCAUGACGUUUUUUUUAAGAGAACAGAGAAACUCUUCCCACUAAUGGAUAGCUUUUUCCAUUUCUUAAGUUUAUAUAAUUGUAAAAAUAAUAUGAUGCUCUUAAACGCAUUGAGAGUCAUGGCGUGUUUCAUCAAUACCCACCAGGAAAAAAGAUUUUGCAAUUUUCCAGAUUUAUAACUGGUACUUUUUUUAAUCAAAUUCAAUGUGUAUAUAAUCAAAUAUGCAGAUUUUUAGGACAGUACUUUUCUAAUAAUCGAUGUCGUUUCUCAUCAAAGUUUCUUUCUCAUUGAUGAGAUAUCCCAUGUAUCUCAAAGUUUAUAGUCAUUUAUACAUAUAUUUUAUUUGUAUGCAUGUGUAAAUAACACAAAUGGAAAACUGUCAGUUAUACUUAUACAAAACCAAAAUUAUUGUUAUGCCUGAAGAUUUUAUUAUUCGUCGGUCCAGUGCAAGAAGAGGCAAAGGUGAUUAUGUUUACUGGUGAUUCUAUUUCCUAUCAUGCAAAUUUUUUUAAGCUUCGAAUAAAUACUCACAAGUAAAAGGCCAUAUAUUUCACAGCAGAAAAGUAGUCAGUUUUAUCAAAUACCUUAAGAAUGCAACUUCAGCCUUUUGUUUCGUGCCUGACAGUAUAAAUAUAAUAAUUGUAAUUAACAUACAAAAAAAAGCACUAAAAAAAGCAAAUAAGGAAUACAACAACCCUAAUCGAGUCAACAAAACGAAUUGUUUAUAUAUAAAGUCUAUUAUGUAUAUUUAUGCAGGCCAAGGCAGGCCAUCUAUUCAAUUUUUAAGACUUUGCAGUAAUGACGAAUAAUUUUUCAUGCUGCUACAUUCUUUGUAUAAAGUGUCUCGAAGAUGCAGCUUAAUUUUGAAGCAUGAGUAAAGGAAUUUAGAUAAUUUAGAAUCAAGAGUAUACAUUAUUGAUUAAAACAUCUUCAGACAUCUGUUCACAUUGAUCCAUAGCUGAAGUACAUAACAAAAUAUGUAACAAAUUUCAAAAGUACCAAAUGCAUAUCUCACAAUUUUCCAUUAUUGGCAUCUUAGAUAAGUCUGGCAGUUUUUAAUCAAUACUGUAUAUUUUUGAGAGUUUAGACAAGGAUUGCAAAGACACAUAAUAUAAUUUUGCAGUGUGCAAAAGCUAAACAUACAUACAUAUGCAUUACCCAGACAUUUUCUAGAUUUUUUUUGAAAGAACGAGAGAGAAUGUGAGAUUGAUAUGAUAAAAGAAAAAAGAAUUGAUCAUCUUCUAUAUACUUUGUUAUUUGUUGACCAAAAAGAAUUCAGAGAAUUAUGUGAAAUGAGAGAGUUGCGUGCGAUAAGAAUGAAUCGUAGAUUAUUUUACAUGUGAAAUAAUGUAUAUAUAUACAUAUAUACAUAUAAAUAUAUUAUUAUCAUACAAGA